AUGUCCCUGGACUCUGUCGUCUUCGCAACAGACCCUAAGCAUCCAGCCAACCUCAUAUGCACACUUUGCAGACAGUUUUUCCACAAUAAUUGGUGCACUGGUACCGGUGGAGGCAUCUCCAUCAAGCACCCUGAGACAGGCCACUACUUCAUCGCUCCCUCUGGUGUUCAAAAGGAGCAGAUGGAUCCUGAAGACCUCUUUGUUAUGGAUAGCAAGACUGGUGAAUACUUAAGGGUCCCAACAAACUUGAAGCCUAGUGCCUGUACUCCAUUAUUUGUAGCAUGCUAUCAACAUCGUAAUGCUGGAGCUAUUAUUCACACCCAUUCCCAAAAUGCAGUACUUAGCUCGUUAAUCUUCGAUCAAGAGUUCAAAAUUGCUAAUAUCGAGCAGAUCAAGGCGAUUCCAAGUGGUAAAGUGGACGCUGACACGGGCAAACCGUUGGCCUUACAGUUCUACGAUACUCUCACCAUUCCUAUAAUAGAAAAUAUGCCCCACGAAGACCUGCUAAUAGACUCAUUGUUAGAGACAUUUGAGAAAUAUCCAAAUACGUGUGCUGUAAUUGUAAGAAGACAUGGAAUUUUCGUUUGGGGUCCCACAAUUGACAAGGCUAAAGUGUACAACGAGGCCAUUGAUUACCUUAUGGAACUCGCAGUUAAGAUGCAUCAGCUGGGUAUACCACCGGACUGUGCCAUUGGUGAAGAGAAGAAAUUUAUCCAAAGGUUUGAGUGA